GCAGGGUGGAGAGAAAUGCGGUGGUUGCAGCAGUGUCGGCGGUGGCCAUGCGAUGUCGCAUCGAGAGAACGACGGCGCGGUUGAGGACGAGAGUGUCUAUUCGCAGGCAGCGUGAGCUCCUCCAGCACGUGAUGGCAGCGCCAGACUGCAUGUCCAUGUCCGAAUCCAUUAUCCAGUUGUGCGCCGCCAUGUCAUCUGGGGUGAUACCGCGGUCGACUCCAAGGUGGUGGAUGAGGAAAAGGACGGGUGGCACGUGGGAGGAUCUGUGGAAGAUGGACGACGCCUCAGACGAGUACUACAAGGAAAAGUUGAGGAUGUCCCCCACGGUGUUCAUGGAGAUCGUGGAGGCACUGUCCCCUCUUCUGCAGCGGCGGGUGACAUUCUACAGGGUUCCUUUGCAGCCGGAUCACAUCAUCGCAUAUGCGUUGUACCGAUGGGCGAGCGGGGAGACGUACGAGAGCAGCACGUCGGCAUUCGGAAUAGGGCGCGCAUCCGGGUUGAUCGCAGUGGAGGACGUUACGAGGGCUCUCCUGAGGGUGUACAGUGACAAGAUCGUUUGGCCUACCGGGAUGCGUCGUACGCUCGUUCUGCGUGCCUUCGAGGCGAAGGGCUUUCCCAACUGCUAUGGCUGCAUAAACUGCACGCACGUUUACGUCGACAAACCGGCGAACGCUCCUUCGGAAAACUACUUCGACCGGAAGCAUCGUUUCUCCGUUGUAGCGCAGGUGGUGGUGGACCUGGAUUUGCGCAUCACGGACGUUCUCGUCGGUUACCCAGGGAGCUGCCAUGACAUUCGGGUGCUUCAGCUCUCCAGUCUGUGGGCGCGUUGUCGCACUUUUUCCAAUCGGGCCACUGCGGGUGACCAGAAAGCUAACAGGCUGUCACGCAGGAUUUUGUAUGUGAUUGCAAUAAAUAAAAUAAAUUAAAUAAAGCAAAUCCCUUCUUGUUGUGUGCGUCCGGCUUCGAGCGAGACCCUUCAAUUACGGUCUUCGCCGGUCCCCGAUCUUAGGAAUCAUUUAUUUUGAUUCGGAACAGCAGAGAAUCAUGCAAAUAAGAUUCAUAAAAUUAUGGAGCGCUCAACAUGCAUCAAUUAUGUCAAUCUGAUUUUGAGAACUGCGACAAUGUCAUCCAAGAAAUCGGUCAUCAAGCAAGAACAAUGCACAAGGUAAUACCGAAUGACUCGAACAAUGAUAGGAUCAAACGAAUUAGGGAAGAAUGAAAACUCAUAAUAAUC